UGUGGGCCACCAUCUGUUGCUUACGGACAAGUUACAACAUCUGGUAACACAACCUUUGGAUACAAUGCAACAAUUGUUUGUAAUGAGGGUUACUCGCUUGAUGGUUCUGGUGAAAUACUAUGCACAGCUUAUGGAUGGGAGAAUGUGUCAUGUGUGCUUCAAGAUUGUGGAAAUUUAACCAUCGACAACGGUAAAGUUCUCUUCGAUACUGGAACAAAAUUUGGAGACAGCGCAGAGGUUCAUUGUUUUCGUGGAUACGAUCUUAAUGGGGACUCUAAGAUUACAUGCUUAGAUGGAAGCGUAUGGAGUGACAACCCGAUCUGCGACAUUAAAAAAUGUCCUGUAAUUGAACUAUCAACGAAUGGCUUCAUUGACGAACCAUAUUCAACAACGUUUGGAUCUACCGUGACGUUUAAGUGCAAUGUUGGGUUUCUUCUGGUUGGAGAAAUGUCCAUAAAUUGCGAAAGUUCCGGAGAAUGGAGCGCCAAUUUUCCAUCCUGUGUGCAAAAAUCACCCAUCGGCGGAGCUUGUGACAACAAAAACUACUGUUUGGCGCAUAAAGCAGAAUGCAAUGAAGGCGUUUGCUCCUGCAAGACUGGAAUUUAUGAUGACAGGACAAACUACUGCGACAGUAUGCCACUAUUUCCUUUUCUCAACGACUCUUCAAAAAUAGUUCACGUCACGCAUCCAUGUAGUAAUCCCAUUAGAUUUCUACCAGGAAUACCCGUGUUCGAUCGGAUGAGAGACGUUAUAUAUGUUUGCUCUAACGGGUACGUUAGUUUUGAUAAACUAUUCAUCAACCCUAGUCCUCCAAACAACAACACCAGCUCGAAUGACAGUGAUGGUAAUGGCUUCGGCGAUGUAACAAUCAUCGCGCCUUUCUAUGCGGGAUUAAACACACUUAUAUUCCAAUCGAUUUCGUAUCGAACAAUUGAUAUCUUAAAUGACUUUCCAUUCAGUGAGGAACAGAAACGUGAUCUUGAAAUGGUCAAAUCAAUAGUCAUGAAAUCCGAAAAAUUGACUUCAUUUGAACCGAAGUUUCUGCUUAUUGCCGACUGGAACAAGGUUUCACCGCUUACAAUCAUAUUCCAGUCUUCGUCAGUAGCAUCUUUCCAGCUCGCUCUCGUUUCGGAUGGACUGACGACAUUCUCCAUGUUCAUUUAUCCAAAAGAUUUAAUGAAUUGGACAGUACAAUUAAAUAGCGUGCAAAAUGUCAAUGUUUGGGUGGGAAACCAUAAUGCUAACACCAAAAUCACCAGAUCCAAUCCCUUUUCGUUCAAACCAAUUGCUCUUCAGAUGGAUAAACUUUCAAACACUAACAAUAUCAGUGGGCUUUUAUUGACUAAGAUUGGAGAAUGGAAAUCCCAUGACAUUAUGGAUUGCAUACAUUGGUACAAUCAACAUAAUACAAAUAAAAACACGUAUCACGAAAUCAUGUCUGUUUACCUACCGGAAUGUCCAUGUGACCUUAACCUCGCAAGGUUCGACCCUUGGUACUGGAGAAUAGGUCGGAAAAUUCGACGAUUCUGGUGGCAAAGUGUUGAUGACUUUGAGGGAGAUGUUGUUUGUGUGGACAUGUGGCAUAGGAGUAUAUUUGAUCCAUAUGGAAAGUCUUGUUGCUAUUAUCGUAAGUCGCGUCGAUUUGUGGAGGGGCGUCCAGUUGCUGGCGGUCUAUACCACUUCCACCCAUCUCUCAACGCGAGUCAGCAUCACAAAUAUGAUGUUGAAAUGAAGGGAAAAUGUUGCAAAUCUAACUUCUGCGAAUUAUAUUAUCAACUUCAUCCUAUUGGAACUUGUUACACGCGGUCACCCUACAGUCAAGGAAAUUUCUGGGGAGAUCCUCAUAUUAGCACAUUGGAUCGAAUGAAUUUUACCUUCAACGGGCUUGGAGAAUACACACUUCUUUUGACGGAAUCCAACAACACCUGGUUCACUUUGCAAGCACGAACCGAGCGAGCCAUUAAGCACGAUGGUAACUUGUCUGAUGCCACUAUAUUCAGUGCCUUUGCAGCAAAGGAUCAUACAAAUGCCUCCCUUCACGUAGAAUUAAACUCUGCUAAACAAGGAUUAAUUUUGUACGGUGACGGGUUGGAUUUUACAAGGCAAUUCCUGUCCGGUGAAGAGUAUGAUUCUUCCACGCUAUCUAUUUCAAACAACAAUGGUUCUGCAAGAGUGUUUUUCAAGAACACGGGUGUUAUGCUGGACAUAGGCGUUGGUGUCGAGAUGUUAUCUUUGAGUACAACAGUACCAUCAACUUAUGCCAACAUAACGCGUGGCCUUCUGGGAAAUUUUGACGGCGAUCCUUCUAAUGACUUGAAGUUUCCAAAUGAAACUAUUCUCAACUCCUCCUCAUCAGAGCGUGAAAUUUUCUUCUAUGGUCAAACGUGGGCUGUAAAUGAAAGUACAACCGUGUUCUUCUAUGAGGAUGGAAAAGAUCAUGAUAACUUUCACAACUCUUCCUAUGUACCACUCUUUCUGGACGAGGUUGAUAAUGUCACAAUGGCUUUGGCCGUAGAGGCUUGUAAUGGAACAUCAAGCACAGAAUGUAUUUACGACUUUGCACUCACACUGAAUCCGGCGAUCGCCGCAGAUACAGUGAAUAAACGACAGCAGUUUGACCAAGAUCAGGAGGACAUAGAUAAGGUUAUACCAACUAUUGAGGGCUGCAAUGUGGUGAACGCAACUGAAGGGGAAAACGUAACGUGUACUGUACAUGUUGACGACAGCAUCGAUAUACAGAUCCUGGGAAACAACACAUUUAAUGCUUCUUUUAAUCGAUUGUCGUCUGCCAUAACGUAUACACAUACUGGUGACAUAUCCUCUCCAUUAAGGUAUCAGGCCGUAAAUCAAGAAGGUCUCGCGUCUGUCGAGCAUGUUAUAUCCGUGGUCGUUUGUACAGGGUGUAACAACAAUGGCAGGUGUACGCCAGUUUUAAGAGUCGAUCGGAAUGACGAUAAUUUCAGAUACAACGAGUGUGAAUGUCAGCCAGGAUAUGACGGAAUUAACUGCGAAAGUAACUACGAUGGUUGUUCUGGCAAUCCUUGUUCCCUUGGCCGUACCUGCACUGACUUGUCGCCGGAGGAGCAGCAAAGUCAAGGACGAGCUUACAUGUGUAGUGAGUGCCCAUUAGGAUACACGGCUUGGGAAGACGACGACAACGUUUGCAUGGAUAUAGAUGAAUGCGCUAGUACCAGUUCUUGCGAACAGUCGUGCAUAAAUACCGAAGGAAGUUUCAUAUGUGUAUGUGGGCAAGGACUACAACAAGACCGCACCAACUUUUCUGCCUGCAGAGAUAUUAAUGAAUGCGAAGACGAAACCCAUAACUGUAGUCAGGUGUGCGUCAACUUGUACGGUGGUUAUCGAUGUGAAUGUCGGACGGGAUUUGUUCUGAACGAGUCCAACUGGCAAUGCUCACCAGGCGACGUAAAUCCAUGUGACUCUGCCACCAUAAAUUGUACCAACACUGCUGGAUGUACAGUGGACGAAUACAAUACAACAACAUGUUUUUGCGAGAGAGGAUUUGAGCUGGAUGAUUCGGGAGAAAAUUGCAAAGAUAUUGACGAAUGUCUGCGACACAUAUGUCCCCAAGAAUGCAUCAAUUUCAGUGGUGGAUUCGAAUGCACGUGUUUAGAUGGAUACCGACUAGAAGGGAUAUCCACUUGUUCCGUAUGCGAAAUACCAUAUUAUGGACAUGAAUGCAAUAAUACGUGUGAAUGUACCGGAAGAGGGGCGAUGGAAUGCAACCCUGUCAGGGGUUGUGUAUGUGAGGUGGGAUGGACCGGAAGCACGUGCGAUGAUGACAUCAAUGAGUGUGACUUAGAUCAUGACAUAUGCGCAGAUGUUCGAAAGUAUUGCACUAAUACUGUUGGAUCUUACACGUGUGAUUGCAUAAAUGGGUAUGAGAAGAACGACGAAGAUGCAUGCACAGAUGUUGAUGAAUGUGCCGAUGCGUCGUUGCAUGAAUGCCAACAACUGUGUUUAAACACUAUAGGAAGUUACAGCUGCGACUGUAGUGUUGGUUAUGUCAAAAUAAAUGGAACGUCGUGUCAAGAUUUUGAUGAAUGUGCUGGUGGAACUGCGACCUGUGCACAAAUGUGUGAGAACAAGCCUGGCUUCUACAACUGCUAUUGUUACUUUGGCUAUAAAUUGAAUGAUGAUCGUCGGACAUGUACCCAAAUUUCCGACCCGUGCAGAACAUUGUAUAAUCUGACAUGCUCCGGAUACUGUGUGCUCAAAGAUAACACAGCAGAAUGUAGAUGUCGACAAGGGUUUGUUUUAGGAGAUGAUGCCCAGACAUGCCUUGAUGUAAAUGAAUGUCAGUCUAGUGAGAUGAAUGGCUGCAAUUCCGCUGCCACAUGUAUGAACACUGACGGAUCAUAUCAGUGUGAAUGUCCGAUAGGUUCACGUUUGGAAAACGAUGGUCGCACAUGCACAGAAUGCGAUGAAUUCCAUUUUGGUCGAGAUUGUACACAUGAGUGCAGCUGUAUUAAGGGCUCAUGUAACAAUACUAGAGGUUGUAUUUGUGAGAGCGGCUGGACGGGACCUAACUGCGAUGUAGAUAUUGACGAAUGUGCUUUAAACGCAUUUAACUGCACACUUCCUUACACACACUGCGUGAAUGCGCCUGGGUCAGCCGCUUGUCAAUGUAAAACAGGAUACACCGCUGACGAAACAUCAGGCGAAUGUUUGGAUAUCGAUGAAUGCGUGAAGAGAUCGAUGCACGACUGUGAACAAUAUUGCAAUAACACUGACGGAAGCUACGAAUGCAGUUGUCGACAUGGAUAUUUGCAAAAUGGCAAAAGUUGUACAGAUAUUAAUGAAUGCAAUGGAGUGCAUGACUGUGAACACAUGUGUGAAAACAUUGUCGGUAGUUUUAAAUGCUUCUGUGAUACCGGGUACCGAUUGAACCUCGCGGACAGGCAAUCCUGCAUACCGGAAAACGAGUGUACCGAUGACCAACGUAUCAGCUGUCCACAAAAUGCCACAUGUGCCGUAACGGACGGGAGUUUUAAUUGUACCUGUCCAAAGGGUUAUAGCUUGAUUAACGGAACCUGCGACGAUAUAAACGAGUGCCAACAGGAAACAGAUGCGUGUACACAUCAGUGCUCAAACAAAGAUGGGGGAUACGUUUGUUCGUGUCAUACCGGAUUCCAACUGUUAUCUGAUGGGUUUACUUGUAGAGAGUGUUCAGACUGGCGAUACGGUCAGAACUGUGCUUCACCAUGUUUAUGUAACGAAGACAAUGCCCAAUCAUGCAACAAAACAAACGGAGAAUGUUCUUGUAUAGCUGGUUGGAGGGGCUCUACCUGUUCCGAAAACUUGAACGAAUGCUCUCCUGGGGGCUCGAACAACUGCCCUGAUAAUUCAAGUUGUGUUGACACUCCAGGGAGCUUUGAAUGUGUGUGUAACACUGGCUUUCUCAUGAAUGGAUAUGGGAAAUGUCAAGAAUGUCAGCAGGGCAAUUACGGAAAUCACUGUGUCAACACUUGUGCGUGCCAUGCGUUAAGGACUAAAUCGUGCAAUCACGUGACCGGAACAUGUGCAUGCGAUGAAGGCUGGACGGGUGAAAUAUGUGACAAAGAUGUUGAUGAAUGCGGGGAUCAAAGCUUGAACACUUGCACGAAUAACUCUAAGUGUAGUAAUACGUUUGGCAGUUAUCUUUGUAACUGCAACAAGGGCUACAAAACACAACCGAACAGCAAUGAUUGUAGCGAUUGUGUCGACUUUACCUUUGGGUGGAGUUGCAACGAAACUUGCGCGUGCCAGCAAGAACAUUCCUCAACAUGUGACAACGUCAAUGGAAGCUGUUCUUGUUUACAGGGUUGGAAAGGAGAGAUAUGCUCUGAAGAUGUGGACGAAUGUUCGGAAACGCCUGAAGUUUGCUCUAUGAAAGAUAACAGUCAUUGCAAAAACGUGGACGGGUCGUACAUAUGUUCUUGCGACGCUGGUUACAAUACCAUCGAUGACAUGUGUGAAGACGUCAAGGAGUGUUUAACUGAGGAGUUGAACGACUGUGAUGAGCGAGCAGAGUGUGUAGAAACUGACGGGAAUUACACUUGCCUUUGUCCAGUCGGAAUGUACCUGCAAGAUGAUGGACGUUCUUGUAAAGAUUGCGAUGAAAACUUUUACGGACUGAACUGUUCCAAAAUAUGCGAAUGUGUACAUGGAUCAUGCAACAAAACAUCAGGGUGCCACUGUGCUUCCGGAUGGACGGGGAUCAAAUGCGACAUAGAUGAAGAUGAAUGUACAACAGGUGAAUUAGUAUGUGACAAUCCAAACACCGUUUGCAAUAACACGAUUGGUAGUGCGUACUGUGUAUGUCAAGACGGGUACGAGAAGAACAAGACGACAGAACAUUGCAAUGACAUUGAUGAGUGUAAAGAAGGGAAAUGGAACAACUGCACACAGACAUGCACAAAUACUGCUGGUGGAUACAGUUGUGGUUGUUAUGAGGGCUAUACCUACAGUAGAGGAAAUAACACAUGCAACGACGAUGACGAGUGUCAUGCCGAUAUCCUGAACGAUUGCGACCAAACCUGUCACAAUACCGAAGGAGGGUAUAUGUGUGAAUGUGAACAUGGGUUCUUCCUAGAUGUUGCAGACAACAAAACAUGCUUACCUGUGACCAAUUGCACAGAGAAAGAAGUUUCAGAAUGCUCCGACCAUUCGGUUUGCUAUAGAAAUAGAACUGAGCUGGGCUGCCGAUGCAUUAAAGGAUAUUUUAAUGACAAUGGACAAUGCAAAGAUGAAGAUGAAUGCAGCACGUCCUCUCCAUGUGCCCAGCAAUGCAACAACACCGCCGGCAGCUUCUUCUGCAGCUGUGAUAUUGGUUUCAAACUUAUACAAGCCACUGAAUGCGGAGAAUGUGACCCAUACACGUUCGGUCGCCAAUGCGAAUCGUCGUGUAACUGUGAUCAGGCAAAUGCACUAUCAUGUGAUGCCCUAUAUGGCACUUGCGCAUGCGCAGCCGGAUGGACAGGAGAUACUUGUACAGAAAACGUAAACGAGUGUGCGGAUCAGUUUUCUAUUGCUUGCCCUGAACACUCGCAUUGUGUCGACACUCCCGGGAAUUACUCCUGUCUCUGUAACACAGGGUACAUACUGAACCAAGACGGUUUAUGUGAUGUGUGUGAACCAUUUCGGUAUGGCGACUCCUGUGAACGCCAGUGCUCAUGUUCCCCUACCGGUGCUGACUCUUGUGAUCAUGUCCUUGGAAACUGUUCGUGCAAAAUUAACUGGCAGGGCGGCCAGUGCAAUGACGAUGUUGACGAAUGUAGCUUCAUGGAAAAUGUGUGUGCAGAGAAAUCCAACUCCUCGUGCAUAAAUUCUGUUGGAUCGUUUACUUGUUCAUGUGAUGCAGGAUAUACAGAUAAGAAUGGUGCCUGUGAAGAGUGUAGUGGCAACACUUAUGGAGCGGAGUGUAACCAGAAUUGCAACUGCACAUUUGCAAACACUCAAAGUGACGAGCAGUCGUGUGACAGAGAGACGGGAACGUGCAUUUGUAACUCAUUUUGGACAGGGGACAGAUGCGAAACUGAUGUCAAUGAAUGCACUACUUCUGGUAUAUGCACGAAAGCCAACUCUGGCUGUUUCAAUCUCCCUGGAGGAUUCCGCUGUGAUUGUCUUAGAGGAUACAGGAUUAAUAACGGAACUGAAGAAUGUGAAAUUGUUGGCGAAAGAACAACAGUACCGACUGCAGCCAAUGAGGUUCGGAUUGAUCUCACUAUAAUUCUGGAGGUUGAAUUGGACCCAGGAACGGAUCUCGGCGUACAGACUGUCUUUGAUGAGAUAGCAGCAAAAGUCAAAUAUUCGAUCAGGAAGCAUUUCUCGAAAUUCAUAUCAAUAGAAAUUACUAUUGUUAUCAAUGACAUGAGUCGUGGAAGUAUUAAUGUUAACUAUUCGAUCAUAUACGCGAAGAAUUCACAAGUGGCGUUGCGAGUCUCACAGGCCUUAGAAGAUAUUGCUUCCGGCACAGAGAUAGAGUACGAUGGUUUGAAAGUGUCCGCGUCCGCGCCAGAAUCGUACACCAAUGACAGUUUAUGUGGACUGUAUGAAAAAGCACUUGGUGGCUGCGAAUACGGAUAUGAAUGUGAGAUAGAGGGGAGUGAACCCAUGUGUAAACUGUUGCCUACCUCGGACAACUAUCCAGUUGUGGUAGGAGUCACAGCAGGUCUCAGUGUCUUCUGUGUUGCCGUUCUGAUCAUCAUCACCUCUGUCGUCGUUUACAAAAGGAACCGAAAGGCACGCUCUAGCAAUCUUCAUAGGCGGGGAGAAUCAGAAACCUCAGCAGAUGAACAUAUGAAUGUUUGGCCUCCAUGGAAAGAAGGGAUAGCGACUGAUCCAAGUUUCAACUCAUGGAGAACAAAGGCCCUUAAUUUCGGACAGGAACACCGAUACGUAUCUCCGUAUCACCUGCCCCGAUUUGCAUCAAGCAGGACCAGGGAGGAACCCCAGGAACCCUACUUGGCACAGUAACAAGACGAAGUGACAAACACAGACAGUUUUAAGAAUCUUUUUUGAACCGUUAUUUCUAAUAAUGUAUAAUUUGAGUGUGUGUGUGUGUGUGUGUGUGUGUGUUGAUAUUUUUUAUAUAUAAUCAAAAUUUAUAUUCGUUACAUCCAUUCGUUGCUUUCAAAUGUACUUGUUUUUACUUUUGUCUUUUUGUGAAAGGAUAUUUAUGCAACAUUUUUUUAUUUAAUGCAUUGUAGACGAUCAUUGAUACACUUUGGAUAUAUAUUCUUUAUACAUGAUUAUGUACUUGACAAUUCAUUUGUUGCUUUCACAUGUACUUGUUUUUUGUUUUUGUUUUUGUCCUUUUGUCAAAAUAUAAUUUAUGCAACAUUUUGUAUUAAGAAGAUUGUAGAUCAUUGAUACACUUUGGAUCUAUAUGCUAUACACAUGCUUAUGUACUUGACUCAUGAUAGAAACUGACACAUUUUAGAUUUAUCGCACUUUGACAUAUGACUUCUAGUUAUGUUUUUUUAUUCAUUUUUCGUCAUGUUCCCAAUCUGCCGAGUGUAAAAUGUACAUUGCGUUUGUCUAUAUAUACAUGAAUCACUAUUAUAAAUAACUUACUUACUAUAAAUAUUAAACAAUUAAUAUGAACAAACACAGCACAACAUGAGUUAUUUCAAGGUAAUGUUUUGUCAACAUAAGGUAUUUAUAUACUAUAUGUUUUUUUUCUAUAAUAUACUUUGAUUUAAGGAAUGAAUUGCGGGCUUGAUGUCAUUAUCUGGGUAUGAACGUAAUUGGGCUGGUCUAAGUGUGUGGAGUCCGAAGGACUCCUUGCUUCGGACUCCUUGCGUACUUUGACCAGCCAAAUUGCGUUCAUAUCCCCGAUAAUGACAUCAACCCCGCAAUUCAUUAUUUAUAUUUACACCAAUAGUUCAUUAUUUCAUUCAAUAAUUGUUAAAAAAUAUACUUCAUUUCAUUUAAGAAAACCUUUCAAUAACUCUUUCCUACCCAUUCUGUAAAUAGAACGACCCGACUGUAACCGGAAGCAUUUUUUCCAAUGACGUCACAAUAACGCGGGAAAAUAUCAGCCACUUUAAAAUCACUUUUAAACGUAAAAUUCAAACACUUAUGGCACCAAAUCAUUUAAAAUAAAAAUAAAACUUUCUAAAAUUUUGACUUAUAUUUUACGGGACCUGCUGACACAAUACAAAAAAUAACAUGAUCAUUUUCUUUUCAUGUUUAUUGUCAGUAUGCAAUGAAUUGCGAUCCGAACAUAUCCGAAGAUGUUUCGUUCAUGGAUUGAUAAACGCAAUUGCCGAAAGGCAGUUCAUUUAAGGAAUGGAAUCUGAGGUGUAAAUAUACAUGUAUAAACUAUAAUUAGUAUUUUGAGAUUUUCUCAUCGCAUAAGAUAUUGGUUAUUCAAUAGGAAACGUUUUUGUUCAACAAUUAAAAGUACAUUAUCAGACUAACGAAAAGCGUAAUUCGAAAACGAAACAUUUUUUUCUUAAUUUCACCUUUCCUUUAAGGUGUUAUUGUAAAUACAUUAAAAACUAUUAAUGUAGAUUAUCAUCACUUUCAUUGGCUUAGUGAUUGUUCGUUUAUGUGUUAUAUGUCUUUGGCGUUUACCCGUUGACAUUAAACGAGGUUUAUGGUUCAUCUUUUAACUACUGAGCUUGUUUCUGUAGUGUUUCAUAUAAAUAUUAAAUUAGUUGGUUGUGGGAAUAAUUACUAUGUUGUGUUGUUAAGUUUUAUAUCGUACAUGUAUUUUCCUGAUUUUUACGAUAAUAUUUCGAAAUAACUUUUCAAAAUUAUAUUCUAUCCUUAACUUAUCACUCUUGUAAAUUUGAAUCGAAUCAUCAUGUAUUUUAUGGUAAUUGCAAGCGAAUGUUACAGAACUAAAAUGUUCAUUUGUUUUGACAUUCUUGUCCAUUGAUGUAAUUGUCUGGUUGAAAUAAAAGUGUGUUUUUUA